AUGCCACCGCAGCCUUGGAUCAGUGCCUUGUACUCACACAAGAGUAUAUCUCUUUCGACCCACCGCUCUUGCUUCGAAGAUAGAAAAGAGAUUGAGACAAGGCCCUCAAUUAUCUCUUUCGUCGGUGAUCGAACAAAGUCUAGAUAUCUAGCAAAUCUUUUGGGCUACACAAAGCCCUUCGAGCGACAUGGCCAAAUACGUCUACAAUCCCGACCCGGAUGUAAUGGUAUUUCGACCAUAUAUCUCGAUUCUGAGAUCUCUCUUAAAACGAGCGAGGCCUUAAACAAUACCCAAAAGUUCCCAAGGCGCACUUCUAUUGACUGGUUUUGCCCAAAUACUAUGUCUGCAACAGAUUUUUCAGAUCAAGUAAUGUCGCAUCUUCUCACACCAAUAUCAAGCAUUAUAUGCUAUUUCGCUGCAGACUACGGCGGGCUUAAAGGGAUCGCCUCUGCGUUAGCGCGGCAGGCCAUGUUACCACUGUCUCACAAUCUACCCACUCCGGUACUUCCCCACAUUCUGGUAGUCACUUCGACAAGCUCCAAGCUCUACGAUACUUUUGGUGUACAAGAAGAGCUUAGGAUGCUUAUUAUCAAAGAAAUAAGAAGUCGCGUAACUGAUCUGACCACGUAUACUGCAAUUCAAAUGAUAGAUCAAAAAUUUGGCAGAAUCAGCCUUUUGGGAUUGCAAAAGAGGCACACGCAGCACAAAAGAUGCGAACAGCUACAAGAGCACUUAAAUAUGAUUGCACAAGAAGUGUACUGGAUUCGGCGGAGGAAGGGGUAUCUCUUUCAAUUAAAGCAUAUCGAAGCUUUUUCUACCCGUAUAAUAGAGAACUUUUGCCGAACCAAGUCAUAUUUCAACUUCUUACGCGAGUCGCGGUCGCCUUGUUUUGAUGAUAAGGAACUAAGUUCGCACUUUAAAGAAGCAAUCAUGCUGAUGCCGAGUACGGAAUACCUAUGGCCUGUUUUGUGCCCGCUAUUAGCUUCGGCAAUGUUUCUCUCAAGCUACCCACCUGGCUCUCAUAAGUUCUAUGCCGAACCUUGUAAACAGGCAAUAUCGAGCUACACUCAGGAUCCAGAGAUACAAACGAAAUUCCUCUCCUUGAUCCGAGAGAAGUUGGAAGAUCACUUCCGCCGCCUCGAAUUCGAGCCCAAAGUAGAAAGUGCGCGGGCUCAGCACUCGCAUUGUGUUAAGCUACUUUGGCCUCAUUUAGCAAGCAUUAAGAGUUUCCGCUUGUGCCUUUGCUGCCUAAUGUUUGCACCCGAGAAGGUAUUUGCUUGCGGUCAUGCAAUAUGCAACGUUUGCGUGCGACGUUUCGGGCAACCUUCCAACAGCGAAAGGCAUAGCUACGAAAUAGAGCAAUGUGUUCUCUGUGGAUUUUUCCAACCUCCUGAUCAAAGAAAUUUUACCCUAAUCCCACCAACUGCUGGGAUACGCAUUCUGUGUGUAGAUGGUGGCGGUGUACGUGGUGUCAUACCUUUGAUGUUUCUCAAACAUUUGGAAAGCCAGAUAAAACAUCUUGGAGGCCCCAUACACGAUCUGUUCGAUUAUGUUUGUGGCACAUCUGCCGGAGGUCUGAUUGCCAUUGGCAUCUUUCUUAUGCAUUGGGACCCAUCAACAUGUCUGGAUCGCUUUGAAGAGCUUUCCAAGGCAACGUUCAAGGGAAAAGACCAUUCUCUCUCAAUAUCACAAAAACUGCAACGCGUCUUCCGGGCAUGGAUUCAAGACCAUCGUUAUAACCUCUCUCCGAUUGAGCGUGCAUUCAAUCCAUACUCAUUGGCAAAGAUGUUCAAUCCACUUCGGAACGACACUAAAGUAGCAGUAACGGCAACAAGUGUCCGGGAAAAUGUGCCGUGUGUUAUCGCCAAUUACAAUGGAGGAACCAGAUCGGAUGAUAGUAACUAUUCACAUAUCCGUGCAGCGAAUUGCCAUCAUGAUAUGACUAUCAGCGAUGCAGCGGCCUGUACCUCAGCGGCACCUUUCUUUUUCAAGUCGAAAGAUGUGGAUCAUCUGGAUACUUUCCAGGACGGAGGCCUUCAGCAUAAUAAUCCGGCUCUCCUCGCAAGUUGGGAAUGUGCCGUCCUUUGGCCUGAUAAGUGCCAGAUGUUUGAUACGGAUAAAAGCCAUCUUGAUCACCUAAUAUCACUUGGUACCGGUACAUCGUCCACUGAGAAGCACCAAGUGGGUCCACAUUCUCCUAAAAGAGAUCGCUUUAUGCGAAGGUUGCUCGGCAACUUUAUGCGCCAAAUGGAUGGAGAAGAGCAAUGGAAGACAUUUGUUCGCUGCGUUUCAUCCGAGAUACGCCCCCGUUGCCAUCGUUUAAACUUGUCGUUUCCGGGAACGGAGCCAGCCCUUGACGACAUCGCUGUCAUUCAGGAUCUGAAACAAGAAGUGUCAAAGCUGGUGGAGAUUAACCCUCAUAUUGGUAAAAUUAACGAUACCAUGAUCGCUUCGGUCUUUUACUUUGAAGUUGAUAGUUUGACUCCGCUUGAAGGAGGCUCUUACCAAUGCUGCGGCACGAUAUUCUGUCGGCUAACAUUGGACUCCUUGGCACGUCGAAAUCUAUACAAAACGCUGCUUGAGAGUUAUUCCUUUUUCAUCAUUGGAGGUCAAAGUUUUCCUUGUGCCCAAUCAGUGCCGCGAGGGGCUCCUAUAUAUCGAAAAUCAGCAAGUCUUAUAGUUAAAAGCUUGGAAGACAAACUUUCUAUAGCGAUCACGGGCAUAACGAGCGAACCAACAAUGGUCAGCGGUAUGCCUACCCGCUUAAGCUCAAUGAUCAAGGCACAAGGGCUCUAUGUUCCUUUUGGAUGUAUUGACAAUCGGAAUGUUUGUAAAGAGGUUCCUUCUUUACCCCUCAAGCGCAAAGUAGAUGACAUCUAG